UUGUAUAGCAAUCCUGCUUUGUACAUACAGCUGCUUUACUCUGCAUUGAAUGGGCUGUAGUGAGGCUGCUCUGUCAUUAAACAUAAACUGAUCCUCAUCUUUAAGUACACUGGAAGCUGCAAAUUAUCUCAAGAUCACUUCAAAGGUCUCAUCAAACAGAAGGUGACAUUAGGAGAUGAUUUAAAGGUGAAAAUGACAAGGUUUCCACCCCUCAAACCUUGGCCACUUUUCUGACAACACAGUCUGAGAGCUCUGAUGUCUUCUUUACUCUGGGAAUAGGAUUGGUAACGAAAAAGAGAAUUUUUUUUUAAAUCCUGAUAAAGAAGAUUAUUUAAAAUCCCUUAUUGUGGUACAGAUGGAUUUUAAAAAGUGUUAGAUCUUUCCAAUGAACACUAAUAGAGUACUCUGCUCUUGGUUGGAUUACUCAGAGAAUGGCAAUGGUCUCUGCAAUGUCUUGGGUCCUGUAUUUGUGGAUAAGUGCCUGUGCAAUGCUGCUCUGUCAGGGGUCUCUUCAUCACACUUUCCAGCAGCAUCACCUGCACAGACCAGAAGGAGGAACAUGUGAAGUUAUAGCAGCACACAGAUGCUGUAAUAAGAAUCGAAUUGAGGAAAGAUCACAAACAGUAAAAUGCUCCUGCCUCCCUGGGAAAGUGGCCGGGACUACACGAAACAGACCUUCCUGUGUCGACGCUUCUAUAGUGAUUGGGAAAUGGUGGUGUGAAAUGGAGCCCUGCCUAGAGGGAGAAGAAUGCAAGACUUUACCCGAUAAUUCUGGAUGGAUGUGUGCAACUGGCAAUAAAAUCAAGACCACCAGAAUUCACCCAAGAACCUAAUAGCAUCUCCUAGAUGAGGGAACCACUGAUUUACAGAGGACAACAUAUUAAAAAUU